AAAUCGCAUCGUUUCAUCGAGGAGCAUCGAGGUACCCGCUGUCGCUCUCGACCGAUACAGAUAACACGUGCGUUUCAUAUUCAACGCUGAAAUCCAAUUUUCAGUAAGUUUUGACGAUAUCUACACAUUUUUAUACAAUUCAUCAGUCGAAAACACAAAGCAAAGCAAAGUGACAAAAUGAAACCGAAAGGUAAAAAGAAGCCGGAUCUGCAGAGCAUGUCGCUGGAUAAUUUUCUGGAUAAUAUGGAUGCCGAUCUCAGUGGUGAUGAUGGCCCUGUAGAGGAUUUCGUUCCACCGAAGAAGAAAAAAGCAAAGUUAGAUAAGGAGCCUAAGGUUAAACAUAAAUCCAUCGAGGAGGACACGAAACAAACAAAAAGAAAGAAAAGCAAGAAACUGGAAUCUGCAGGCGACGAACGAUCUGGUGGCCAGAAAGAUGUCGCUGAGGAGCAUCAAGCAGCGCUGGAUAAACUGAAGGACACGGAUCCAGAACUGUAUGCGUUUUUGAAGAAAAACGAUAAAAAGUUGCUCAGAUUUGGUAAGAUGGACGGAAGCGACAAUGAAGAAGAAGACGACGAAGAUAACGAGGAGGUGAAUUUGGAUGACUUGAGUGACGAUGAAACAGGAGAGGGAGCUGUUCAUAAAUUGCCAGAAAAAUUGGAAGUUGCCAGCGACGAGAGCGAUUAUGAGGAGGACGAAGAAGAUGAUGAGGAGGAGCAGGAAGUAACCCCAGGAGUCCAGAAGAAAAUUACUUUGAAGAUGCUGAAGAAAUGGACCGAUGAUUUAACUACAACGCCAUUGAAAAAAGUGGACACGAUCCGAACGGUUUGCAAGGCUUUCAACUCAGCUUUGGUUACUGUAACGGGUGAAACGAAUGUAAUUCCUGCGUACAAAGCCGAAGGAUCGGCAAUAUUCAACGGAGUUGUGCAGCUUUGCGUGCUUCAUCUGGGAAAUGCGGUAAAGAGUUAUCUGGGCUUGACCGGAUCGAAGGGAAUCAAAACGCUCAAGAAGAAUAGAAAGUUUGCCAAAGUGCAAUCUUGUUUGAGGAUGUAUUUUGUUGAUUUGACCAAUUUGUUGGAAAAUGUUUCUUCUAAUCAUAUCAUGAAUGUCUUGCUGAAGCAUUUGCAUCAAUUUUGUUCUUUUCUUGUUUGCUACUCUUCAAUCACGAAACCGAUCUUGAAGCGAUUGAUCAUUAUCUGGAGUACUUCUGAGGAAGAAUCGGUCCGAGUGUUGGCUUUCCUUUGUAUUCUGAAGAUCACGUGUGGUCAGCAGCGUCGGUUUUUGAAUGACGUUCUCAAGAAUAUGUACCUGGCAUAUGUGAAGAACAGUAAAUUUGUCAGCCCGAACACUCUUCCAGGCAUUAAUUUCAUGAGACGUUCUCUGACGGAAAUGUUUAGCCUGGAUAUGACGGUCUCUUAUCAGCACGUGUUUUUGUACAUUCGUCAGCUGGCGAUCCAUUUGAGAAAUGCUGUUAUUUUGCAGAAAAAGGAUAGUUUCCAGUACAUCUAUAAUUGGCAGUACAUCAAUUCGUUGAAAUUGUGGGCAGAUGUGCUGGCAGUGGCGUACAACAAAAAAGAAUUGGAACCUUUGGUUUAUCCGUUAGUCAGCAUCAUCACUGGAGUGAUUAAAUUAAUUCCUUCAGCACAAUAUUUCCCACUUCGAUUCCACUGUUGCCGAAUGCUGUUGGAUCUAUCCGCAAGAACCAGAGUUUUCAUCCCAGUUCUUCCGUUCGUCAUCGAAGUGCUUAAUUCCAGUAGUUUCAACGAAGAACACAAAAAACUUUCGAUGAAGCCAGUCAAUCUGACCUGCCUUCUCCGUUUUGCGCCUGCCAAUAUCCAGGAAAACGCCUAUAAGGACGCUGUUCUCGACCAGAUCUACGAACUGUCCUUGGAGUAUCUCGCUCAUGAAUCCGCUUCGAUUUGCUUCCCGGAUAUGGCUGUUCCGGUGGUCACGGCAUUUAGGUCUUUCUGUAAGUCCACCAAAGUGUACAAAUAUUCCCGGAAAAUAAAACAAUUGAGCGACAAAAUAGUAGAAAACUCCGCACUCAUCGAAAAGGAACGCAGAGUGCUUCCGUUCCGGCUGAAAGACAUUGCCCAGAUUCAAGCUUGGGAGGCUACCCGCAAAGCCAAGGGUACCCCAUUGCUAACCUUCUACGAGAGCUUUGCAAAGGAGAACGAGAAAGCGAAACGGCGUCAAGCUACCCAGUCUGAAAACAUUGGCGAUUACGAUUUACCGACGAUUAAGAGACCGGAGAGGAAGGAAAAAGCGCAGCAGGACGGACCGGUGGAUUUGUUCCCAUCGGAUGACGAGGAAGAUGAUUCCGGAAAUGGCCCGGAACUGGACGAUUCGAUGGAAGAGGAUGAACAAAUUCCCAAGCAGAAGAGUAAGAAGGAUAAAAAGAAGCCGAAGAAGGUUGAUGAUGUAGAGAAGAAGAAAAAAAAGAAGGUGAAGAAACAGAAAGACACCCCGGGAGCGGAAUAUCCACUGGAGAAGAACGGUGAUGGAGAGGAGGUCGAUAUAUUAAAGGAUUUGAACUUAGAUGAUUGGGAGUGAACUUGGACAGUCAAGCAGAGGUUACGUUAUUCUUUUGUGCCCAAAUAAAAAUUAUUAUUAAACAUAAAAUUUAUAAAAGUAUUAAAAAA